UCCUCUAGCUUUUUCAAUGCCUUUGUUAGUUGUUACCUAUCCAUGUCAUUAAUAAUAAUAAUAAUAAUAAUACAAAUAUUUACAGAGGACGGCCUCAGUCACUUGAGGGCACUUUUCAUGAGGGUCCUCUAUUUAACUAAUUGUAUCGAUUUAUUAAAAACAUUGAAAAUUAAAAAAAUUCAUAUCAGGGUGGAUAAAAUCAGAAAUAGUUGCCAUUUUUCAGAAAAAGUUCCUUGAUGAAGCUUAUUAAGGUUUUAUCUAAUGUGAUACUCAGAGUAGUAACUUUCAGCCACCCUGUGAGCAGUGGUGAAGCUAACCAAGAACAGGUGGUACUGCCCAAAGGGGGUCUGGGGUGCUACAAAGGGGGGCUAUGCCCCAGCAAAAGUGCGUGAAGCCACGCCCUGAAGACCCUUCGGGAUAUGUUGAAAUCAAGAUUGCAGUGAAACAUUUUUCACUGCUAUAUUUUGGAAAAAAGGGACGAGGGUUCAGAUCCUUUCAAGCUCCUCCUACCUUACAUUGAAGAAGCCAAAUAAGCAUCACAAAAAUUCUUUCUAGAAUAAGUAAUAUUUGAAAAUUUUUUAAAUCAUUAACUAAAAAGAAAUUGCUUGUACAAAUAGGCAUAUAUAGUUGUAAUACAUACGGGAAACAUAAUUGAUGCAAAUUAUUUAAAAAGUAAAAAUAUUUUGUCACAACAUGGAUAGGUAUGAUGCAUGGUAGAUAGGGUCUUGAAUUAAUUUGUUUUGAAAAUCAGAGAUUGACAUUUUGCCAGUACAAUACAAUCUGAGUCACAGAGUACAAAAGUUCCUAGUAAUUACCAUUGUUUAAGCAGGCGUCCUUUUCAUCGGGACCUCUGAAUGGUAUGGUAGUUCCUGUUAAGACAGGAUAACGAACUGCUGAGAUUAAAUUUAAGCAAAUCCUUUUCCUGUCAUGCACACUCCAUCUCCCCUCCAUCUCGACUUUCCUGGUAGAAUAAAAUGAAGAUUCUCUCUCGGCAGCGGCGGCAAACUUUUUCUACUGUUUAUGUUUAGCCCUUUGAAUAUGACUUCCUUUGCUCUCUGCAGUCUGAGAGAAAAGUAUAUGAAUGCCAGGUUUCUCGCCAUGUCUGUGAUAUUCCUGACUUGAACAGUAAAUAGGACCAACAGAACGACUCCAAACAAUUUGAUAUCCAUAAGUACCGUCUUCAAAUGGUCGAUUCUUGUAUAAAUCAAGUGACAACAGUUUAGCCCUGUCCUGUCCGAAGCUUCUAGCAGCAAAAGACUUCUACAACAGCAAUGAUGUCUUCGUUACAGUUAUUUUGAUCCAUGAUAUCAAAAUAUUUAUUUUUCUUAAUGAAAGCCUUACUAUGGCCAGAGUGGAUAUUCUUUGUGACCACGCACAGCGCAGAAAAUCAUCAAAUUGUAAGAAAACAUAUGGCUCCAAAAGUCUAGGCCCUGCCUUCAUGAAAAAGCAGGACCUGAGGUCCUGCCAUUUCUGAAGGGUAGAAGCACAGAAUAGAAAUUUCAUUUCUUUUCUGUGGUAGGAGUGCCAUUGUUUUCUUCUAUUGUGAGACAGAACCAAAAACAGGGCUACGAGGCGUUUAGGGUUUAGUUUUGUCUACGAGUAUUGGACGUUUAGGGUUUAGUCCAGACAAGAAAUGCCUUUGAAUCAGUCAUAUAAUCAAUUUUUCUUCUUCUAAAAAUUGUUAUCUUUUGAAAUUUGUGGUCCUGCCCAGAGGAUAAGCAGUUUUAUUAAGAGGAUAAGCAGGAACUUUGGCUUCGCCACUGCCUGUGAGUACCCUGGUGAAAAUUUCUUCAUGAAAAGGCAUGGAAUAUUGUUGUUUUGCAGUACCAGCUUUCCAAUAUUUCUUGGAAAAUCAGCGCUAAAUUUGUCACUAAGUUACAAAAAAGCAUUAAAAACUUUAUUGAUGUUAGCCAUAUUGUUUGCAAACAUGAAAUGAACACCUGCAUUGAGUUAUCGACAACCGAGUCAUUAUGAGCAGUGUUUAUUGUAUGUAGGGUUUUAAGAUUAUGAAAAGAGAGACUUGUGGAAUUAAUGUAGUUUGUUUUUGAACAGGGCAUUUUAAAAGUCAUCAAAAUCAGCCUUUUUUCACCGUUAUUUGUUUUCAAGUGUCUCGCUUGUUUAGAAAAUCUACAGGUGUAAGUUAUUUUAGUUUUCCUUUGCAGCAUUUUUCAAUAAUUUGUUAUUAAAGAUAAAUUCAUUCUUUCCAAUAGAAUUCCUUUGCUAGGCACAUUGGGUUUCUAAAUAAAGCUGUAAUUUAUUGUAAAAUUCCAUGUUGUUUUCUGUCAAUCUCAAGAUGCUCAGUUUAAUAAGCUUUAAACUCAGAAAUCUUUUACAAGAAGCAGCUGAUCGCUCGUUUUAUUUGGGCUUGAAUCGAAGUGAGUUCAUGAGAAAAUCUGCAAGGACACACUUAAUCGCAUAAACAAUUGUUCUAGCACGAUUACAAAUUUUUCUGAUCAGCAGCAAUUGAUCAAAAUCGAGACAGAACUGGGAAUGGAGAAGCACACGAAAAAGUCUGAGCGAGAAUCAAGUACUCGCGAAAAAGUUAUUGAUUCUGAAGCAAAUCUCAGAAGCCAGCAAAAAGAGUCUUACUUGACAAAGUCUACUAUCCAUGGCCUUUCAAAGAUUGAGGAAUCAAAACACUGGAGUCUGAAACUUCUGUGGAGUUUAGCAAUUCUGGCUCUUUUUGUUGGAAGCGUCACCAACAUUGUGUUCCUUGUGGCGGAAUUCCUUGAAUUCCGAACAUAUGUGCUUGUGGAGGAGCAUACAAACGAUACUGCAAAGUUCCCCAGUGUCACUAUUUGUAAUUUGAACUGCUACCAAAAAAGCAAAUUCAACAGUCUUGUCACUGAUAUGGAAAGACGUUUUCAAAGUUUCUUAAACAAGAGUAUGGAGAGAAAAAAGGUGUUAAGUAUGUUGAAACAUCCUGGUUUUUUUAAUUUUAUGAUCCAUUCCAACAUAACAUUGACGAAAGCCACGCAGUUCGCUUCAGAUAAGCUUUUCCUCGAUGGUAUCGAAGAUUGGUGUAGAUUUGGGUCUUUUCAAGAUUGCAAUCGAAGCGACUUCACAGAUAGUUUUCUGAGCCAUCAUUCUGGCUUCUGUAAGACUUUCAAUGUCAAUGGCAAGUUUACCCAGACUCUAUCCGGAGUAUAUGGAGGACUCAACUUAGUACUUUAUGUAAAUCAAGAUGACUAUAUGAAGUUAGUACCUUAUGAUAAUGCAGCAGGCGUUUUAGUUAUGGUACAUCCACAGGAUGUGUUCCCACGCCCAGACAAUGACUGGUUUGCCGUCCAACCAGGGACUCAGACGCUGAUAUCAAUAGAGCAAAAGUUCAUAUUUCGCAAGGAAAAGCCGUACACAUCAAAAUGUGUUGAUAGGGAGGGAGACCCAGUGUACCCAGGCCGUUAUGGUGUCAAUAACUGCUUGCAGUCUUGCCAUCAAUUGAAACUUUAUGAGAGAUGUGGCAUUAUUGACAACGCAGCACUUUAUCAUUUAAGUCGAAGAGGUAAAAAGUUACCCAAUCCGCCGAAAAACGUUUCAGGAGAUUCUGGUACUUGCUUGCUGGAAUUUUAUGGAGAUUUAUCUUCUAAAAAAGCAACGUGUGACUGUCCCUUACCGUGCUAUGAAGAAACCUUCAAACUCACUGGAACCAGCUCUCGAUGGCCCACUAACGUAGACAUGCAGUAUUACAGACCAGUUCUGUCUAAGGUAUUGAAUCGAACCAAUGUAUCAGAAGAUUUCAUACGCUCCAAUUUUUUGCAGUUGAACGUUUACUUCAAAUCUUUCAGCUACCAGAAAGCUAUGGAGGCGCCAGCAAUGAAUUUUUUCUCACUGGUUGCUGGUAUCGGCGGGUCACUCGGGCUUUUCAUUGGUGCCUCAUUCUUCUCUAUCCUUGAGUUUCUGACAUUUAUCAUCACAGCUUUAUUUGGUCGUUAUCAUAGACGAAUUGGUCACCAAGGUGCGUGGUUGAGAGACAAAGGACUUACUGCGGAACAGUUCACGGGAACUCGUCGUAGCAGAGCCAUCGGAAUGGUUGAAAACUUUAAAUAAACCUCUCUAGUUUUAUUUAAAUUAUGAAUGUUAUAU